AUGACGCAAUCCCAACCCACCGCCGCUACUUCUCCUCCCUCUCGCGUCCUUCUCAUCUCCGCCGGCGCUAGCCACUCCGUCGCCCUUCUCUCUGGGAAUGUUGUGUGCUCGUGGGGUCGUGGAGAGGAUGGACAGUUAGGCCAUGGUGAUACCGAUGAUAGGCCUUUACCUACGCAGCUCAGUGCAUUGGAUGCUCAACAGAUAGAUUCCAUUGCCUGUGGAGCUGAUCAUACCCUUGCCUACUCCGAGUCACGCAAUGAACUCUAUAGUUGGGGAUGGGGUGAUUUUGGAAGGUUGGGUCAUGGUAAUUCUAGUGAUUUGCUCAUUCCUCAGCCUAUUAUAGCAUUACAAGGUCUAAGGAUAAGGCAAAUUGCCUGUGGGGAUACUCAUUGUUUGGCAGUUACCAUGGAAGGCCAGGUUCAGAGUUGGGGGAGGAAUCAAAAUGGUCAACUUGGACUUGGCACCACAGAGGAUUCUCUUGUGCCGCAAAAGAUUCAAACAUUUCAGGAAGUACCUAUCAAAAUGGUUGCUGCAGGUGCAGAACACAGUGUAGCUAUUGCUGAAAAUGGAGAACUGUAUGGAUGGGGUUGGGGCCGAUAUGGAAAUUUGGGAUUGGGAGAUAGAAACGAUCGCUGGAUUCCUGAGAAAGUUUCUUCUGUUGAUUGUGACAAGAUGGUCAUGGUUGCCUGUGGUUGGCGCCAUACGAUAUCUGUUUCAUCAUCUGGUGGCUUAUACACAUAUGGGUGGAGCAAAUAUGGCCAGCUAGGUCAUGGAAAUUUUGAGGAUUCUCUUGUGCCUCACAAGCUUGAAGCCUUGAGUGACAAGUUGAUCUCUAAGGUAUCAGGUGGUUGGAGGCAUAGUAUGGCACUUACAUCUACUGGAUUACUGUAUGGAUGGGGUUGGAAUAAGUUUGGACAGGUUGGAGUGGGUGACAAUGUUGAUCGCUGCUCUCCUGUUCAAGUGAAGUUCCCCCAUGAUCAGAAAGUAAUUCAGAUCUCAUGUGGGUGGAGACACACAAUUGCUGUAACUGACAAGAACAAUGUAUAUUCUUGGGGAAGAGGCACAAAUGGGCAACUUGGGCAUGGGGAUACCAUUGACCGGAAUUCUCCAAAGAUUAUUGAGGCAUUGAGUGUGGAUGGAUCUUCUGGGCAGCAAAUAGAAUCCUCAAACACUGAUCUAUUGUCAGGGAAAAGCGGUGGCUCCUUAUCUAAGAGAUAUGCAGUUGUUCCGGAUGAAACUGUCUCAGGACAAACUGUUAGUUCAAGCAGUGGAGAUAGGCUUGAUAUCAGUGUCCCUGAAAGUGAUGUCAAACGGAUCCGAGUUUGA